UUCAUCGGCACCUCCUUCCUGCUGGCUGGCUUCGUGUCCCUCUUCAGGAUCCGGACCAUCAUGAAGCAUGACGGCACCAAGACAGAGAAGCUGGAGAAGCUCAUGGUGAGGAUAGGCAUCUUCAGUGUCCUUUACACGGUGCCGGCCACCAUUGUCAUUGCCUGCUAUUUUUACGAGCAAGCUUUUAGGGAACAGUGGGAGAGGAGCUGGGUCACACAGAGCUGCAAGAGCUAUGCCAUCCCGUGCCCCAACAACCACAGCAGCCACCACCCGCCCAUGAGCCCCGAUUUCACUGUCUUUAUGAUCAAGUAUCUCAUGACUUUAAUCGUGGGCAUCACCUCAGGCUUCUGGAUCUGGUCUGGGAAAACCCUAAACUCCUGGAGGAAGUUUUACACCAGGCUCACUAACAGCAAGCAGGGCGAGACCACCGUCUGA